AUGCCUAGAAGAAAAAAAUCAAACCUCACAAAAGUAACUAAACGUGCCAUUGCAAUGCGAAAUCUUAGGAGUUUAGAAACAUCCCAACAAACACAAGAGCGACUUUCAAGUCAAUCUGAUCGUCAACAAUUGUAUAGAGCUACCGAAACAUCAGCUCAAGCUGAAGCUCGCAGAAAUGCAGAGCUACGUCGUCAGCAUUUGUCAAGGGCUGCUGAAACCGAUGAAGCACGUAGUAAUCGGUUAUCACAGAAUGCCCAAAGACAAUCCGCAGCAAGGAAUAUUGAAACUUCCGAAGAAACCAACGAUCGACUUUCUCAGCAAGCCAAACGACAGGCGUCAAUAAGACGUUCUGAAACUCCUGAUGAAACCAAGAACCGACUUUCUCAACAGGCGCAACGUCAGGCGGCAUUACGCGCUUCAGAAAGUCUCGACGAAGCUGAUAAUCGACUCUUCGAACAGGCGCAACGUCAGGCGGCAUUUCGUGCUUCGGAAACUCCCCACGAAGCUUACAAUAGGCUCUCCCAACAGGCGCAACGUCAGGCAGAUUAA